AUGCCGGUGCCAGAUAGCACGUCGACAGCGCCGGCGGGCUCGCAAUCGAGCCAGCUGGGCACCAACGCAGGCGACCUCUCCCUCUCGCAGUCCAUCUCAGCCUCCGCAUCCGAUCUCAAGCGUCCUAUUUCUCCAGAGGGCGUCAACGACGAAAGCCAAACGCUCUCACGGACUAAGACGGCGAAAGCGCACUACGGCAAAGCAGCGAGGGCGUUCCUCGCCAAGGAUCUCCUAACUGCUCUGCUUCAAAGCCAACAGGCGGUGGACCUGCUCCUUUCGCCGAGCCAGCUAGGGCAUAGCCUCACAGCAUCGGCUCUGCUCAAGGACGCUGAUCUCGACGUGCAGAAGCUGGUCGAAAAGGUGGCCAUUCUUCGUUUGACGGUCUUCACUCAGGUCUAUACCGACAAGCAAGUCUCUGCCACACUCAACGAAAAGCUCGCGCAGACGAGGCAGCAAUCGUCUUCUGAUGCUGCAGUUGUCGAUCGUAUCUUGCUGCUCCUGUCCAAGCAGCCGCAAAGCUUGAUCAGUCAUCUCUGGUUCGAGGCCUUGCGACUGUGCACACAGACUUCAGGAGAAGCUGACGCGCCAUCGCUGGAUCCAACCCCGGAGACCAUCCAUCUUGCCAUCGAGCUUCCCGCUUCGGUUGUCUCAUCUGCUGUGCUUGCAGCUCUUCGCCUGGAUGCAGUCGAGCCAUCGGCACGCACAGGCACGAACGCCGCGCGUCUGAUCGCCGAAUGGUAUCUUGCCUCCUUCUCCUCUGCCUUUGGUGCCGCUCCUCCUACGCCGAAGGCCGCCGCAGCCUACGAGAAGAUUGUCGGUCUCUAUUCGCUGCACGUGCUCGCCUCGCGAUUGGGCGAGUGGGAGUACGCGCGAGAGUUUGUGGGCUACUCGAGUUUGGCUGAGUCGAUCAAGUUUGGCCUGCUGGAGCAAAUCAACGAAGCGCAGACGCAUCUCACCGGUCAGUCGGAGAGGGAGCAAGAGGCGAUCGCAAACGCACAGAAGUCGUACGCACAGGAGAAGGCGAAGCGAGAAGCAGAAGAGAAGCAGGCCAAGGAAGCUGCUGCCGCCGCUGCAGCUAGCGGCAAGGGGUCCAACAAAGUGGGCGGAAAGGCACGCGACCUAGCAGCUGGCAUCGGCAAUUUCCUGACAGGCAAGAAGGAGACCGAUGCCGAGACCAUGUCGUCGUCAACAGCGGGAAGCAAGACGAGUGCAAGCUCGCGAAGCAGCUCGCGCGGCACGCGUGACUCGCCUUCGGGCUCGUCUGGUUCUGGAUCGGAUGGAGGCUCGCGAUCGCACCGACAACGCAGCCAGUCGCCCGCAUACUUUUCUCCUCGUGCCGGUGCUGCCGAGUCGGGUUCGUCUUCGUCGACGAGUCCCGCCAUCUCCCCUGGCUCAACCCGCAGUGUAGAGUCGGGAUCGAAGCAAGCUGCCAGCAGCGCUGUCAAGGAGGAGAAGAAAGCGGAGCGUCGUUCCGUCAGGCGAUCGAGCUCGUCGCGGUCUUCGGACAUUGAUGGUGGAAACGAGAGCAGCACCUCGGCCGCCUCGAAUCACUCUCGUCGAUCGACACGGAGCAAUGGUGGUGAAGCUGCGACCAAGGAGCCGCGCCUCAAAGAUGACACCGGCUAUGCUUCAACCCGAGCUCAUCUGUCGAGGUACAUGGAGGGACACCACCAUUCGACCACUGGACCUGGCGAGUCUUCUUCGUCGUCUUCGCAGAAGAAGGGCUCACCACGCGAUGUGACGUCGAACAACUCGAUCUUGUCGACCAUCACGUCGAUGUUUGACUUUCGCAAGGCGAACCAGACGAGGACGAUGCUCAUGUCAGCCAUCGUGAUGAUGCUCGUCUUCUAUCGAGUAGCCCGAAGGCCUCCAGCGCAGGGUGCUGCCACCAAGGCCAGUCCUCGGAGGAACGCCGCGGCCAGAGAUGCGAGGAGCAAGCUGGUGGGAAAGAACGGCUCGGGCGGCGGAGGCGUGCUGGGCUUCAAUUGGCUGUUGCUCGUCUACCGAAAGGUGAUGGACACGAUCAAGAUGGGCACGCAGGUGACGUAUCUUUGA